AUGCAGCGUUGGUCCGGUGAAGAGCGUGCGUUCGCUGUUAAAGCCUUUUACACUGGCAGUGAAAGUUACGUCGGUGCUCAACGUGCUUUUCGCUGUCAUUUCCGCCUGCCUCCUCGUGCUCCUGUGCCAUCAGCCCACGCUAUUAAAGGCUGGAUUCAGAAUUUUGAAUCGUCAGGUUCAACAACCAAAAAAAAAGGCGGAUUAAUGAAAACAGUGCGAACACCUGAGAAUGUGAAUGCAGUGCGCACAGCAAUGGAAAGAAGUCCACGUCGAUCUGCCCGACGCCAUAGCACAGCAUUAGGGAUUUCCUUCACUUCGUUGAUUGAGGAUGAACCAGAGCUCAUCCAUAAUCUUUGGACGAGUGAUGAAGCGCACUUUAAUCUGAGCGGGUUUGUAAAUAAAGAAAAUUUCCGGUAUUGGGCACCAGAAAAUCCUCAGUCCAUGCAUAAAAGGCCUCUCCACUCAGCUAAGGUCACUGUGUGUUUCAUCAUGGUUCGCAAUUACGUGAGAAAGACAGGAAGAGGGAAGUAUGAAAUUGAGACAAUGGAGAGAGCGGUAAAAGAAGUGAGGGGAGGGAGAAGUAUGAGAAGCGUAGCUGCAGAAUUUGGAUUGUGUGAUAGAACACUAGCAAACUAUUGCAAGAAAUUGUCCGCUGCACCAGGUUCUACUGAUCCCUCAAAUGAAGCGGUGAUUAUUCAACCAAAUCCUAUUAUAUCUACUACAGUAAACAAUGAUCUGGUGAUUCCUGACACAUCUACUCGUGAUCCGGCGAUUCCUGGCACUUCUACCCAUGAUUUGGCAAUUCCUGGCCCAUCUACUCGUGAUCCAGUGAUUCCUGGCACUUCUACCCAUGAUUUGGCAAUUCCUGGCCCAUCUGUUCGUGAUCCGGCGAUUCCCGGUGCUUCUACUGAAGGUACUGCUGCAACAAGCCAGUCAGCUCAACCAUGGUCGCAGUUUGGCUACGCACGGAACUGGAAGGUGUUUGAGCCAUUCCAAGAACAAAUGCUGGCUGAGUAUUUGCUCAAGGCAUCUGAUAUAUACUUUGGAUUAACGCCUAAGGAAGUUAGACGAUUUGCGUACACUUACGCUGUAGCAUGUAAUUGCAAAAUACCCCCAAGCUGGUCAGAAAAUGAAAUGGCCGGCCCUGACUGGUUCACCUCAUUCAUGAAGAGAAAUAAAACACUUUCCAUCAGAACUCCUCAAGCAACUAGUAUGUCCCGGGCAACAAGUUUCAACCGGACGAACGUUGACCUGUUUUUCAGGAACCUAACCACUGUCCUCCAACGAUUUCAGUAUGGGCCUAAUGAUAUAUGGAACGUUGACGAGACUGGCGUCACAACCGUUCAACGACCAGAUAGAAUUGUAGCGCGGCGUGGAUUUAGGCAAAUAGGGAAACUAACUUCCGCUGAACGAGGAAAUCUCGUCACAAUUGCGUUUGCAGUGAAUGCAGCAGGCAAUAGUAUUCCCCCGUUCUUCGUAUUUCCUAGAGUAAGAUACCAUGAUCACUUCAUCCGUGACGGGCCUCCUGGUUGCGAAGGCGAUUCAAAUCCUUCUGGAUGGAUGAAGGAAGCCAAUUUCCUGAAAUUUGCCAAACAUUUUGUCUCUCAGGCCAGAUGCUCCAAGGAAAAACCUUGCAUUCUAUUGCUAGACAAUCAUGAAUCGCACUUAUCAGCCGACGUCUUAGAUUUAUUUAAAGACAACGGUGUGACCUUACUCUCAUUCCCCCCUCACUGCAGCCACAAGCUUCAACCUUUGGACCGUUCUGUGUAUGGACCUCUUAAAAAAUACAUCAACACUGCGUGUGAUGCUUGGAUUUGUACAAACAAAAGACCUAUGGGGAUAUAUGAUAUACCAUCCAUUUUGAAAUCGGCAGCACCUCUGGCGUUAACACCAACUAACAUUAUGGCUGGAUUCAGAGUGUCAGGUAUUUUUCCUUUGAAUCCAUUGAUCUUCACGGAUUCUGAUUUCAUGCCGAGCUACUUUACUGACAGGCCUGCUCCAGCUGGAAACAAUCCCUCCUCAGAACCAAAUUUGGACCAAUCGUCUGAGAAUCCUCCAGCACCAAGCUGUCUAUCACAAGUAGCUUCUUGCCCUUCACCAGAGGAUGUGAGGCCCCUCGAAAAAGCAGGGCCACGAAAAGAAACCACAAAGGGACGGAAGAAAAGGAAGUCGAGUAUUUUAACCGACACCCCAGUUAAAGAACAGCUGCGACUUGAACAAGAAAUGGCCAAGCAAAAACGUAUCAAACUAGAAAAAACACAACAAAGCAAAGGAACUACAAAUUUAAAGUCUGUCAAGAAGGGCCUUUUCAAAAAUAAAUCAGCUAAUGCUGAAAAAGCAAGUAGACCUUCCACCAAGAAGAAAUCAACCUCACGUCAGAAUUUGUCAGAUGAUGAAGAAGAGACUGACUCCGUCUGCAUCUAUUGCUUGGAAAAAUACAGCAAUUCGAAAUCAAGUGAGCAGUGGAUACAGUGCACCCGCUGCAAACGAUGGGCACACGAAGAUUGCAUUAAAGGCGAUUCUGCGUAUUUUGUUUGCCUCAACUGCGACAGUGACGAUGAUGCCGAAUUUUGCUAAGAUUAGUUGUUAUGAAAACAAAAACAAUGUCAUUUUCAUUAAUUAUACGAGUGUGUUAAAAAAAUGUGUGUUAUUUUCCUUACAGAUGUAUUUUAAUGCAUGCGAAAACUUGCCCCAGGGUAAUAAAAUGCUGUGCGAAAACAUGCCCCGGGUACGGGGCACGUUUUCGCACAUGACUUACUUUUACUUUUUGGUGUUUUUAUUAAAAAUAGUUCAUAUUUCAUCAAAGAAAAUACUCUCUAAUUGUAGCUGAAAUACCACUGAGUGUAAUGGUAUGUCUUGGUUUGUUGUAGGUUUUAAGGAAAAAAAUACAAAAAAUUAAGACAUAUAAAUGCGAAAACCUGCCCCGGUCUCCCCUAGUUGCUACCUAGAAUAAUCACUCUGGAAUUAUUUUCAGAGGGGUUUCUGAGAAGGGUUCUCAGUCGGAAGAACACAACCUCAUUAUAAUUUUAUAAAAAUUACGAUGUGAUAUAAAAAGUUGAUAACGGAUCCUACAAUCAAUGUAAAAAUUACAACAAUAUUUUGUAUUUUAAAAGUAAACCU